AUGUCUACCGCCGAGGAGCUUCUGAGGGACUUUGAGGAUGAUGAAGAUUUCGAGGCCGAGGGUGCUGAGGGCAUUGAGGAGGAUCAGGAUGAAGAAAUGCAAGCACAAGAAGCCACCAACGCAGAGGUCACGAACGAGUUUGAAACUGCUAUCUCGACGGCAGAUGAACUAUUACGUCUACACAAAGUUUUGCGCGAUCACUAUUCUAUCAGAUUUCCCGAACUCGAGUCACUCGUGACGAACUCCAUCGACUAUGCGAAGACGGUCGCUAUCCUCAAGAAUGGCCCGUUAAAUGACAUCAAAUCUCUGUCAAGCUCCGCAGACAACAUGGCUGGAGUUCCUCUGAAAUCGGUUCUGGACGGCCCUACACUGAUGGUCGUCGCGGUGGAAGGCACAACAACCCGAGGACGGGAGAUGACGGAGGCGGAACUAAAGGUCGUUCUGGAUACUUGCGAGAGGAUUCUAAAGCUGGACAGAGAGCGGACUGCGCUCACACAAAGCAUCCAAUCACGAAUGAGCCAGAUUGCUCCAAAUCUGGCAGCCUUGAUUGGACCGGAAACCGCUGCACAGUUCCUGAACCAAGCAGGAGGGUUGCGGGAGCUUGCUAAGAUUCCAGCAUGCAACUUGGCAGCUCAAGGUUCGCGAAGGAAGGAAGGUUUAGGGUUUGCCACAAACAUUGGUAUCAGAUCACAGGGGUUCCUCUACGACUCGGAGUUGAUUCAGGAUAUCCCGAACGACUUGAAGAAACAGGCGAUGCGCAUCGUCUCCGCCAAAAUGGUGCUGGCUACGCGAGCCGACGUUUCGAACUACAGUCCCGACGGCUCCCUAGGCGAAGAGUUGAAGCAACAAUGCUACACGCGGUUGGACAAACUGACGGAGCCUCCUCCAAACUCCGGGACCAAGGCUCUUCCUGCUCCGGAUGAUAAGCCUUCCAGAAAACGAGGUGGUAGAAGAGCACGAAAGGCCAAGGAAGCUGUCGCGAUGACUGAACUCCGCAAGGCGCAAAACCGACUCGCCUUUGGAAAAGAAGAAGCUGAGGUCGGAUACGGAACCGGCGAGGGAACUGUCGGUCUGGGAAUGAUGGGUCAGCAGAAUGACGGGCGCAUCCGGGCCACCCAGAUCGACCAAAGGACACGGGCUAGACUGAGCAAGUCCAAUAAGGGCUGGGGUGCCGCAACUCCUGUCAGUAGUGGCACCGCCUCGUCGCUACGGGCAUUCGGGCAGGGCCACAGUGGGACGGCGAGUGUCCUACAGGCCAAGGGACUUCGAUCUUCCGGCAUCGGGACUUCAUUUGGCGGUUCUGCUGGUACGGCUAGUACCAUUGCUUUUACUCCCGUACAGGGACUAGAACUCGUCGAUCCCAAAGCGCAAGCCGAGUUGAGUCGCAAGCGCAAGGCGGAAGAAGAUCGGUGGUUCAAGUCUGGCACGUUCACUCAAGUGGGUGGCCAAAGCACCCCCAAAAAUUCGGCGGGGGCGGCCAACGGAGGGUUCAAAGUUCCUGCGUUGCCCACGAAGAAAGUCGACACGGGCGCAGGCAGAAUGGGGCCUCCGCCGCCACCAUCCAAGUAG